CUUGACGACGAUAUUCUCGUCUACCUGUUCUCGUUCCUAUCCGUUCCUGACAUCCUUCCGUGCUAUAAUAUCAAAAAACGAGGAUAUCCGUUUCCUGAAACGUCGCCGACAACUAUGGACGCCUCAGAACUCGAGCAGAGAGCCCGCCGUGCUCACGAGUUGGGCGUGAAAUGGACGUCCUCGAGUUCUAUGUCCCCGCGCACAUCCUUGACUUUCGAAGCUAAUUCGGGAAACCCGAUUAUGAAUUUACGCUUCUUGCCUGGUCUGGACGGCGAGUGGAUCGUUACCAUAUCCCAAGGCAUCUGGUCUGUCCUGGCGUUCUGGCAUGUCCCCCAUGACGAGUCCUCCAAGCCUGCCAAGAUGGCGGAAUGGACACGCAAGGGGGCGUUCUUCCAUACCUUCCAGCACAGGUCAGAUCAUCAGAUAGACAUCCUACAGCUGCGGCGUAAUGUGUACAAUGGACUACCAUCCCUGAAACUGAUAACCUCUAUUGAGACUUCUCACUUGCCAAUCACCUUGGGGGGCGAUAUCCUGGCAAUGAGCGACCGUGCUUCCGAAACGAGGAUACUCAACUGGAAAACCGGUAGCGAAGCCGUCCUGCAAGAUCGGGAGGAGACUCCCCUAGGAACUUGGCAAUACAACAGGUGCCUGCAAGUCGUAUUCGCGCAUGAGAGCGUCUUGGUCGUCCGUGCGCGCUCCGUGAAUCUCUUCCCUGAACCCGUCUUGGAAAGAAACGACAAGAUCCGCGUGUACGAGCCUCUCGCAACAUGCUCUCUCGGAUGGCCCGACGCCGUAGCAGUCACCGUCGUCCACCCAGAAGCGGAGGAAGCGAAUGCGAUCUCCAACAAUCAUCGGCCAUUGUCGUUUCUCUUUCGGGAGGACAGCGACGACCCAUGGGCUCCGAAUACGUGUUCGCUGACGCUCUUCGAGCUAGCCCCCGACCCUACAUACCACUCCAUCCGUGACAACCCCGAUCUCGCGUCGUCCAGUCCCGCACGCUCUCCCUAUAUCUUUCCUCCCGCCCGCAAAUGCCGGUUAUCGACCGUGCAAGGAUUCUUCCGCUGCAACAACCUAUUCCUGGGCAAGUUCGGCACCGCACUCUGGAUCCAGCCGCGCGAGUUGGGCCAUGCCGGUUUGACCGGCCUUGACUUGCACAGCCAGGAAGCCCAGGUGGCUGGGCCCGCGCCCGCGAAAGAGUCGCUGAUGGCGACGGUGUUCCCGGGCCCGCUUUAUCGCUCGGAGGAGGGGCUCGUGAGCAGAAAGCUGUUGACAAAUGAGUCGAGGUACUGGGUCUCGAUGGAUUACGACGAGGAACUAGGGAUGGUCGCGCUAGGCAAUAAUCAGGGCGAUAUCACGGUACUCAGAUUCUCGAGUGUAGCGUCGUUCUUCUCCUCCCUGUUCCCCACGGCGUACGCAGACGCUCCGGAGGAGAAGGAGGAGGAGCAGCCUAAGGAGCAGGAGGAGGAGGAGAGCAAAGACGAGGGCGAGGGAGAGGAGGGUGGGGAGGCGGAGGAAGAGGAGGAGGAGCCCGCGCUAAGAGAGGAGUGCCAGAACUCGAGCAAGUGCGCUUCGUUAACGAAGCACUUCCAACAUUGCCAGGAGAAGGUCAGCUCUGGCCAGGGGUUCAAGGGGGAGGACUGUGUUGAGGAGCUGUGC